AGUUUACUUCACCCUAACGGAAAUAUUCGUCAAGAGGCCACAGACAUAAACAUCUCCGUUUUAGUAUCGUGGUAAAGAGUGCGUUUAUGGGGGUAAUCGAAACAAUUUCAGGAUAACUACAAUUUCUAACUUCUCUAGUGUAUUUUGACAACAGAAAGAUGUCUGAGGAACUGGUGAAGCAGCUCAACAGCUAUAAGGCCCAGCUGCAGCAGGUGGAGGCAGCCCUGAGCACCGACCAGGAGAAUGAGGACCUGCUCAAACUACAGAAAGAUCUGCAGGAGGUGAUAGAGCUGACUAAAGACCUGCUGAGCUCCCAGCCGGCUGAGGGAGGCUCCAGCACAAACAGCGCAGAGGCCAACACCAACACCGUCAGCUGGAGCGUCGGGGACAAGUGCAUGGCCGUCUGGAGUCAGGACGGACAGUUGUAUGAAGCAGAGCUGGAGGAGGUGGACAGUAGGUCUUUCUGUAGCCUAAGCUGUGUCUGUGUGUGUGUGUGUGUGUGUGUGUGUGUGUGCAGGUUGUAUGAAGCAGAGCUGGAGGAGGUGGACGCUGAUAACGGCACGGCGGCGGUGACGUUCAGCGGCUACGGCAACGCAGAGGUGGUGCCACUGAGCGCGCUCAAACAGCUGCACGAGGGACGCGGACCAGAGGACGAAUCCAAAUCCAAGAGCAGGAGGGAGAUGAUUCAGGAGCAGAGGGAGUACAAGAAGAAGAAGGCUCAGAAGAAGGUGCUGCGGAUGAAGGAGAUCGAACAGGAGCGCGAGCAGCAGAAGAGCAAGUGGCAGCAGUUCAACAACAAGGCCUACAGCAAGAACAAGAAGGGCCAGGUAAAGCGCAGUAUCUUCGCGUCUCCCGAGAGUGUGAACGGAAAGGUUGGAGUAGGGACGUGUGGCAUUGCAGACAAGCCCAUGACGCAGUACCACGAUACCUCCAAAUACAACGUCCGGCACCUUAUGCCCCAGUGAUCGUGUGUGUGUGUGUGUGUGUGUGUGUGUGUGUGGUUGUGAGUGAGUGAGAGAGAGAGUGUGUGAGUGUGUGUGUGCGCGCGCAUGAGUGAGAGAGUGAGUCUGUGUGUGAGUCUGCGCGUAAGAGAGAGAGAGAGACUGUUGAUGUGUUUGAACGGUCAUCAGUGCAUAUGUAUAAAUGUAUGCGUGUGUGUGUGUACACGUGUUUACCUGUUAGUGUAAUAAUGAGCAUUUUAUUUGCGUCUUAGAUGGCCUCUUCUGUUUUGGUUUUGUAUAUUUACAUCUGGCACAAUAAAUAAAUGGUUUUGAUGAUGAGGAA